AUGAGGGCAUUCAUCAAGUCACAAGAUGAGAGGGCUUGGAAAUCUAUACUCUUGGGUUGGACUCCACCAAUUGAAAAAUAUAAUAAAGGUAAUUCAAAGGUAAAAUCUGAACUUGAGUGGUCCAUUGAAGAUGAAAAAUUAUAUGGUUACAAUAAUAAAGCUUUGCAUGCAAUUUUUAAUGGUGUUGGUGAAGACUUUAUAAAAUUGAUAUCAUCUUGUGAAUCUACAAAGGAGGCGUGGAAAAUCCUUCAAACUCAGUUUGAAGGUACCGUUGAUUUGUCUGAUAUUGCAAAUGAGUUUCUUGCCUUGGGAGAAAAACUAGAUGAAUCUGUGUUGGUUCGAAAAAUAGUUCGUGUAAUUCCAGACAGGUUUGACACGAAAUUUCUAGCAAUGGAGGAGGCUAAGGAUUUUGGCAAAAUGAAGGUUGAGGAGCUUACAGGUUCGUUAAGAGCAUUUAAGCUAAAUCAACAAAUAAAGAAAAAGGGUAAGCCAAAUCCUUCAAUUGAAAAAAGCAAAGGUAUUGCAUUUAAAGUUUCUAAAAAAGAUGUUUCUGAUGAUGAAAUGACCUUGUUAACAAGAAAUUUUCAAAAGUUCUUGAAAAAGGUUGGAAAUAAAAAGAAUUUUUCAAAAACUCCAAAAGGUUUUAAUGUUACUUGGAGUGAUGAUGAUUCUGAAAGUAGUGAAGAGGAUAAUGAGAAAGAAAUUGACUCUGACUCUGACUCUGACGAGUCAGAACUCAAUGAGGAAUCAUUAGCUGAAUCAUACAAGGUAAUUUAUGGUAAGUGGUUACAGGUUUAUACUGAAAAUCGUUCCUUGGUUAUAAUGAAUAAAGAAUGGUCUCACAACAUCAAAGAUCUUGAAGAAAAGAAUAAAUGUAGUGAAUUUGAGUCGUGUUCAAAAAAUUCUGAAAUUGUAUUUUUGACAAAAGAACUUGACAAAUUGAAAAGAAAUAUUAAAAUGUUAAAUCCAGGUUCUAACAUUUUUGAGGAGGUUCAGAAUUCAGGUCAACAGAGUCAUGCUGGAUUGGGUUUUGUUGAAACUCAAUCGAAAAUGAAUACUAAAUUUGUUAAAUCUAAAAAUAUGUCUUCUGGAUAUUCUGAUUCAACUUUGCAGGGUUCUGUUUUUACAGCUGAACGUUCUGUUUCUACAGAAAUGAAGUAG